AUGUCUCAUAUUAUUCGAGGUGAUGCUUUAAGUAAUGCACACAAGGAUCACAAUAUUUUUGCUUUGAGAGAUGGCAAACUAGAUGAUUGGCCCGAGCUUGAAAAGUGCACUUCAAUUUCUAUAUGCAAUAGUGAUAUUAUUGAUGGGCUUCCUCGAUUCAUCAAUUGUCCUCAACUUAAAUUUUUGCAAAUAGAUACUAGUGAUCCAUCUUUGGAAAUACCUGAGAGUUUCUUUAGAAGAAUGAAAAAUUUGACAAGUGGAAAAGUUAAAAAAAGUACGGAUCUUAGUUUCUCUGGAUCUCAACUUCAAAAUUUGCCAGUUGAGUUAAGAUACCUGGAUAAGUUACAACUAUUAGACACCAGUGAUUGUUUCGAGUUGAAGAUUAUUCCACCUAAUCUUUUAUCAAGUUUGACCUGUUUGGAAGAGUUGUACAUAAGCAAAAGCUUGAUCAAAAUGUUCAUUGAAACAAAUACAAAUAAAGAUCAAAAUUCAUUUCUUUUUGAACUAACAAAUUUGCAUAAGUUGAAAGUGGUAAACUUAAGCAUCCCGUGUCUUUCAAGUUUUCCUAAUCAAUUGUUCUUUGACAAGUUAAAAUAUUACAAGAUUGAGAUUGGAGAUUUUGAAAUGAUUUCUGUUGGAGAAUUUAGGAUGCCCAAUAAGUAUAAAGAACUCAAAGUAUUGGCAUUACAACUGAAGGACGACACUGAUAUUCACUCCCAUAAAGGCAUAAAAUUGUUGUUUAAAACAACACAAACUUUGUUGUUGGGAAAGGUAGGUGUUCAAAAUGUUGUUAAUGAGUUGAACAUAGAUGGGUUUCAGGAUUUGAAACACUUAUCCAUCAUAAAUAAUAAUGACGUCAAAUAUGUCAACUCAACGUAUUUGUCUAAUUGUGUGAACAUUUUUCCCAACUUGGAAUCUCUAUGCCUCUGCAAUAUGAUGAACUUAAAGAUGAUAUGUGAUGGUCCAAUUACACUUGAAUCAUUUGCUAAAUUAAAAACCAUCAAGGUUGAGAUGUGUUACCAACUGGGAAAUCUCUUCUCCAUCUAUGCAACUAAAAUUUCUACUAGCACAAGAACAAGUGAGAUUUUUGAACGUAAUUCUUCCAUGAAGAAAUUUCUAGCUAGUUUAGAAAAGAUUGAGGUUUGUGAAUGCAAAUCUUUGAAGGAGAUCUUUCAAAUACCAAUGGAUUGUGAUAAGGUUGAGUUUCUCAAAUUACGCACUUUGACACUCCAAUCAUUGCCAUUAUUUACUUGUUUUACCAAAGUCAGGAGAUCUUGCUGGUUACAUUCAGCAGAGACUCAAACUACAAAUAGGGAUCACACAAAAAUUUCUACUGACGAAGAUGACCAUAGUGACACUGUGCCUCCUCUUUUUGGUGAACUAGUAUGACAUUA